UGGCAGUUCUCGUUUGAGGACGUUGUGGAAUGGUGAUAAGCGCGCGUACGUCGGAGACUCGGAGUGUCGGACUACUCGUGACUCGUGAGCGUGACGCGCGGAGACCGGAGAGAUCGCCGUUCUUAAACGCCGUAUCGCGUUUUGUAGUUUCAUACCUAUUUCCUUCCGUUCACCCGCGGUCCCUCGAUCUUUGGUGCGGCCAGUAGCCACGACCCACCGAAGUCGUUGACGAAUCACAAUUCACUGUAACGAGCCAUUCGAUCGUACGAUUUUAUUACUAUUUUCCAAGAGGAGUGUAAGAACCCUGUUCUCGAACGUCGUGGACGGCUCAACUGGCGGCUGUCGAUCCGGUCACCAUUGGAUACUGUGUGGUUGAUAUAGAAAUAAAGGGUUAACAUCGACCAUUUUUUUGAAAGUCUUUUACUAAUUUUAUUAUUAUCAUCAGUUUGUCAUGGCCCGGGGACAACAGAAAGCGCAGUCACAGGCCAAGGCCGCAGAAAAACAAGCUAAGAUGAAGAAGCAACAGGGUCAUAGCGCCAAUGAACAGAAGAAGGCUGCUCAAAAGGCGUUAAUUCACGUUUGCACUGUUUGUAAAGCACAGAUGCCAGAUCCUAAAACAUAUAAGCAACAUUUUGAAAACAAACACCCUAAAAAUGAUAUGCCUGAAGAACUGAAAGCUGUUUCAUGAAUCUAUGGUGAUCGAUUAAAUUGUAUUUAAUCACGUGUAAAAACAAAUACCUAAACUAAGUAAUAUUAAAGUUUUUUAACAAUCGAUA